AACAUUUAUUCACGGUCGCGUCCGCUGAUUACACAGUCCGCCAAACAAUCGCAUUGUGAUAUCGUUUGCGUUCUCAAAUACUCAUAUUCCCACUUCGGACCAGAACUAUGUGCCAAACAAUGCGUUGCAUCCUGAUUGUCUGCGUGGCCCUCGCUCUACUUGCCGCCGGCUGCCGUGUGGAGGCUUCGAACUCCAGACCGCCGCGAAAGAACGAUGUCAACACUAUGGCUGAUGCCUACAAGUUCCUGCAGGAUCUGGACACCUUCUACGGGGACAGAGCUCGAGUUCGGUUCGGAAAGCGCGGGGCGCUGAUGGAAAUCCUGAGGAACCGCGAACUGGACAACCUAAAUCUGGGAAAAAAUGCUAACAACGGAGGAGAAUUGGUCCGCGCUUUGGAUGAGGAGGAGGUGUACUAAACCCACUCGAGGCAACCAUGGCAACGUCACUAACUCAUGAUUAAAGUUAUUAGCAUACGCAUUUUUGUUUAGAUUGUUUUUCGGGGCAAUAGUUUAACGUGUUGGGAGAGGAAUAGUAGUUGCAGCUACGGUAUUAAGUAUUUACUCUAGUCUUGAUGUCGAUUAAAUAAAUGACUUACCAAAAUAAUCGUCUUCGUGAUGUUCAAAUUUAAAUAAACAGUGCAAUGAUCAAA